GGACAUUAUCACGCAACGAUGCGCUGGAAAACAAGAGAAAAGAUUAUUUUUUUUCAUGACAGUAAAAAUCUUGACUCCAAUAUGUUGGCUGAUACUCAGACAGUUCAGUAUUUGACCUUCAUGUGGAAAUAGAAUUUUUCAAACCAAAUUGCAAGCGUUUUGUAGAUAGGUUCGUGGGGAGAAUUUUAAAGUUUAGGAUGGGAAAUUAACUAAUACAAGUGUAAUCGGACAAAAAUCAAUAUUUGGUUUGCUUGAUGCACUUGGCCAGUGUAUGCAUUUUGUGAGGUUAGCGAUGUAUUUAUACGUGACGCGUGACUAAGUACAAGGUUUAAAUAUGACGAGAGAAUUUUGCAAAACGGCAAGGUUUGGUGACAUUUUAGGUUUUCCCUUUUCAAAACUCGUGACACGUGAAAUACUGUUUAAAAUGCAAACGCUGUGACAAAUGAAGUUUUUGUUGCGAGCGAGCGUAGCGAGGAAACCAGUGAGUAUCUGUGGAGGUAAGAGAAACCAACAAUUAGUGGGUGAAAAAUCCAUACAUUUCGCAUGUUAUAUGUUUACGCCUUAUUUUUGUACUUUUAUAUAUUUUUCGUUAUUCGGUUAUUUUUGAAAAGCAUUACAUAAUGAAUAAACCACCCCUUGGUUUCUUUCCUUCAUUAAUAUGCCAUACCCCACAGGCUCAAAGUACAUUUAGUUUACCUCGCAGCACUGCACUUUCUAUCAGAAACUGCUAGUUCUAAAAUUUAUGCGUGAAGCCUUCUUUGCUGCCGUCUUUUGUUCGUCGUCUGCUCUUUUAUUAGAAUUUUCUAUACUAAAACAGCUUGUUCUGUACUUUGUCCUCAAAAAUACAUCAGGGAAUGCUCUAGCGACGACAGGUAGUGAUUCGUGACCAGUUAUUUUGGCGGCUUCCUGUCGUUAAUCAUGUCAUAAAAAUUGCUAAUGAGGUAGCAUGAUAUUUCAUAUUUCACUUACUUCAUACCUCAGCGUGCGGUUUUGAACAGCAAUGGGCAUAGAAAAUUUGACUCUGUUUACUAACAUGAUACAGUUAGCUUACUAAGUUAUUUACUACUAACGCCAAGCAGACGAUACGUCAGUGCAGUUCUACAUAUCUCGUGCCGUGUUUAACACCCAUCCUGCCAGUAAAACAUCACUAAUAUAAACUCGUUGUUGUAUUCACAAAGUGAUUCGUGAAUUAUCAUUGGAAUUUGACGGAACUACAGCAAAAGGACAGUCUGGAAGUUAUGCAACAAAGCUUCAAUUGAUAGUCAGCUGUACGAGCCGAGACAAAUUGUUUUCUUCCAAGAGUAUCAGCAUGAAAUUCGUGCCCUGAGCGAAAAGUGGAACAAAAUUUUUAUGUUUACCUGCAGAGCUUGGAUUCAAAUAUGGAAUUGGGUUUCACCUUGGCAUAUGCUGUUACUAUGAUCGUUGCUUUGCAAGGAAAUAUUUUGCUGAUUUACAUCGUCUGGAGGAAACGUGAGACAAGAACUUUGACUAGUUUCUUGUUUGUCAAUAUGGCGAUUGCCGAUUUACUGAUUGCAGUAUUUCAGAUGCCCUUCUCCAUGGCGCACUUCUACGUCUCUGAAUUCACUGGUGCGGUCGGGAAUCUAUUCUGCCGAUCUGUAAUGUAUCUUGUGAAUGUGUCCAUGACAGCCUCGAUCUUCAGCCUUGUCGUGAUGGCAUUCGAUCGAUAUUUUGCUGUUAUACACCCUUUGAGGCGAAUGAUUUGGUUCCGAAGAGCCAAAAUUAUUCUACCAGUCAUUUGGAUUGCAUCCUGGAUCUUAAUGGUCGUCACGCCAUUUUCUUACAUGGCCGAGGAUAGCCUUGGAAAAUGCUUUUAUACAGAAGAACAUAUCCCGCGGGUGCCCUUUUGGACUUACCUACUGCUCAUCAACUACAUCAUACCUCUUGCCAUCAUCUCUGUCCUGUCCAUCGUAAUUGCGCGAAAGAUAUGGUUCCACGAAAUUCCUGGUCAACUUGAAUCUUCCAGACUCCAGCCAGAUGAGCAGAUUCCAAGGAAAAAAGUUGUUCGAACGCUCAUUAUUGUUGUGGUGGUUUUUGCGGUGUGCUGGUUUCCCAUGCAAAUUCUUCAAAUGAACCUUGCAGUGACAGCUGGAAUGACUUGGCACCCCAUUGCUAUCUACUCUAUCUAUUGGCUUGGUCAAGCUAACAGUGCCAUAAACCCCUGGCUGUACAUCGGUCUUAAUGGAAAAAUGAAUGCAGCUUUCAAAAGAAUGAUCCGAUGCCACGGGCAGGGUAAUAAUUUGUCACACAGACCAUCUACCGCGACUUUACGUUCAAAUACAGCCGUUACCACAGUAUGAAAUCCUCCAGCAGCUUAUGAUUGAGCUGAUGAAAGCAUUGCAGAUAACAUUUUCUAGUUAAACGAUUGCAGGCUUGAAUGCACAUGCUCCAUCCAGGAUUAGAUGAGGCGAAGGAGAAAGUGUAUUAGGAUCAGUAGACGAAGGCAAGGCCAUCAAUUGAGCGCUGCGCCUCAAUAUAGAUUGAAACUUUAACUCCCUAGCUUGAUAUAAUGGGGCAGAAAAUAUCAUUUCCAGUGCAAGUUAUUUACUUCAUGAACGGAAAUAGUCAAAAAAGAAGUCAUCACUGUUAAAUAAGAAACAACAUUAAUUUGUUUUGACAAAUGUUUUGACUCCUUUACCAGAAAGACAGAACCGACGAGAUGGCUUUUUUUCUCUAGAUAAUGACUAAAUUCAAAUAUAAAAAUUGUAUUAAGGUUAUUAUUAUCAAUGUCUGACAGUAAUUGCCUGAUUUGAAAUGCAGAUUUCUUCUUUCUAAGGUUAACCGUGACCUUUAAUGCAACGACCAUAACGAUCGUUUUUUUUCAUUUAACAACGUUUAUCCUUAAGCUGAUU